UAGAAGGUGCAUCGUCAACAUUUUUUUUAGAAAAAAAGGUUUUCAUAAAUCAGCAAUUAAAAAUUCAUUUCUUCACUGUAUUUUACUUGUCCUUCAAAUUAAUCACCAAUUGUUUAUAAUAAAGACACAAUUUGUUUCAGCCUGAAGUAGAUACAUAUAUUCUUGAGUUCAGGAUCCUAAAUGAAUGGAGAAGUGAAGCUGCUGGCCACAUGGGCUAGUCCUUUCAGUCACAGAAUGAAACUAGCCCUGAAGCUAGAAGGAAUACAAUACGAGUACAUAGACAAGAGCCUCUUGCUUCUCAGGUCUAAUCCAGUUCAUAAGAAAAUUCCAGUUCUGUUACACAACGGGAAACCCAUUGCAGAAUCACUUGUGAUUCUUGAAUACAUCGAUGAGACCUCAAAUAAUCCUUUCUUGCCUAAAGAACCCCGCCACCGAGCCAUAGCACGUUUCUGGGCUGCAUUUGUAGACCAAAAGAUCUUGCAGACAGCUCUGAAGGGUAGUGCAGCCACAGGAGAGGAGAAAGAGCAUAUCAUGGAAGAAAUUGGUGAACAACAGAGGCUGCUAGAGAACCAGCUCAAAGAAAAUGAUUUCUUUGGAGGUGAAGGUGUUGGAUACCUAGAUAUUGUGGCGUUUUCUGUAUUAUAUUUCUUUCAAAUACGUCAUGAAGUUAUGCGAAUAGAGUUGAUCAGUGAAGAGAAAUUUCCAGUUGUAUGGAAAUGGAUGGGAAAGCUGAGUGAGAUAGAUGGAAUCAAAGAAACCCUUUCUCCAAGAGACAAACGUUUUGCUUACACUGUAGAUGCUUCAAAAUAGGGAUGUUAGGCGUGCGGGUUUUUAUGGGUAUCCGAUCCGUCCAAAUCCUAUUAUGACGGAUUUGGGUUUUUACAAAAUGGAUUUGGGCGGAUUCGAAUUUAAAAACUUUUACCCGUUUCAAAUUCGGGUAGGGUUCGAAAUUAGAUAAUCGGAUACCCGUUAUCCGAAUCCGAUUACCUAUAUUAACAAACUAACCCUAAUUUCCUUUUUCA